AUGAAUGUGUCUUCCACCUCCGAUAUUGAAAUAACCUUCUGGCACACUUGGGCCUUGACUGUCACUCAUGAGGCAUGUGAAUAUACUGAACAGAAAUUCAUUGCUGAGAAAACAGGAGGAGACCCAGUCAUACCUUCUCCUAAGCUAGACACCAAUCUGGUGAUGGCUUGCGAUCAAUUGGUGGAUUGCCUCAUAAAGGCAUAUAACAAUCCCAUUCAGAUGCAGAUUGAUAUUGCGAGAUACAGCAAAAUGAUCUCCCUGAAGGACACUGGACAUAAUGAAGAAAGAGAGGCGAAGUUGCUUGAGAGGUGUCCUCCUGGCCAUGAAGGUACAAAGUUGGUUGACAUACCCGCCACAGUUCUCGAUGCUACUGGCGCCAUCAUUGUGUGGUACCUCCUGGAUGCCCUGACGGAAACCACCCAGAAGGAAAUUCUGGCAGCCUCCGAUUUGCUCAGUCCAAGCCUUGCAAAAAGUGUAAAGGUUGAUGGGAGUUGGCGAACUAAUCAGGAUUGGUUCAAACCAAGCUCAGAAAAUGAUGGCACAUCUCCUGGAUGCAUCAAUCUAUCUCUGGCUUGGUUUCAACAGGGGCACAAGAAUCUGUCAGACCCGGCAGUAUCUGCCUCAUUGAAGGGACCAUUCUCUGAGAAUAUUCUCAAAGCCAUUGCCAGGCUGGCAGCCAUCGCAUCAGCCGCACUCAGGGUGAUGCAUCCUGAGCAGUACUGGGCAGGGAUACGAGCCUUUUUAAGCCUCAGACAAUCAGCUGAAAGCAAGAAUCUUCCAAGGAUGUCAGAGACCCUCCAGUACUGGGCAUCCGUGUUUAACACCCUCACCAUCAUUUCCAAUUGGCAAACCCCCAAUCAUCGAGACCACAAAUCCAUUCCUGAAUGCUUCGAUAUUCUCACCACCAUGGGUAGUUAUUUGAAUGCUCGCAUGAGUCUUGAAACACUGCCUGAGCAUCCUGCACCAGUAAUGAAUACAUUUGUGAUUGCCUUCCAGAGUAGCAAGCAUGACCCAGAAGGCGUUUCACCAAUGAUUCCCUCAUCCGGUCGCCCCAUUGCAUUGAUUUCCACAAGAAGAAAUUACAUGUCCAAUCCAUCUCCAAUUCCACCAAUAUCAGUUCUUCCUUCCAUCGAUCCCGUAGUGCCUUUGCCCGAAGCCAAUGAACUUGGUAAACUUCAUGCAGGUCCAGUCAGAUCGCAGGCAUUUGUCAAGCAAGCCGGUGUGGGUGAGGAAAAUAGACUCUGGGUGAUUCAGAAGUCUAACAAGGGUGCGAGACUUAUACUUGUCCCGAGGGGAUUGCUACUGGGUAGCGAGUCCUCAAAUAAGUGCGAGGAAACAAAGACUAGACUCUGUCUAGCGACCCGAAGGGUUCCGGUCCUUACUAGGACUGGGAACACAAAAAUGCGGAGGGUUCCCAACGAGCGGAACUCAGCGCGCGAUGAGCGGAACUAA